CACAGCUCUCACUCCCUCACCAGCCUCCCUCUCCUUCCCCACCACUAGAUUCCCAUCCUGCCUGAUUCUGCCCCAUGUUGCCUCACCUGCUAGGUCCAGGGCCAGGGCCAGGGCCAGGGCCAGGUCCAGGCCAAGGCCAAGGCCAGGCUCUGCCCAGCCUCCAUGGGAAUCAGCCCAAGACCUUCCCUGGUGAGCUCCCCCUGUCCUCCCCAGUAUCUCGGCAGUGGAAUUACCUUUCGGACAACGUCUGCGGCCACUGGGGAGCGGGCCACUGGCCCACCAAGAUGCAGACGAGACACGAAGAAAUGAUCCUUCCUCCCUCGAGCAACUCGUUUCUCGAGAUCAGCUGCCCGUCCAGGAGCUUGCUGCGGUCUCCGGUCCUCGAUGACCCUGAGGACAUUUUGAAAGGCAUGUUCUGGAACGAAAAAGAGCCCUUCAGAGAAAGUUUGCCCUUCCAGUGGGAACCGGAGGGGAGCAUCAUUUGCACAAAUGACUUGAACGUGACUAAAAUCGACAUCCAAGCCUCCCCGGGACCCAAGAAAGGAAGCAAAUCGCUUUCCAAGUCCGGCCGGCUGCGGCUGGGCAAGGCUCGGCCCAGUGGGAGCGGGGGUGGGAAUGGCAGCCACCCCGCGAAGUCUCCUCCCUCGGAGGUCCAGGGGACUUCCAUAAGGACCAAAUCCAUCAGCAAGGUGGGCCCGGCCACCAUCAAGAGAUCCCGGUCCAGCAAAGUCACAUCUCGAGGACGGUCCAAGCGACGGGGAAUAAGGGUGGGGCUCAACUCACAAGAGACAGGUGCCCCUGCCCACCCAGAAACACGAGCUGUGACCAAAACUGAAGCCUCAGGGAUUCAAACCCACCAUACACACCCCACAGAAGAGCCCACCCUUGGAGAAAAGAAGUUGCUGCCUCCUUCCCAGGGUCCCUUUUUCUACAUCGGGGGUACCAAUGGAGCUGUGCUGAUCAGUUCCUAUUGCCGGAGCAAAGGCUGGCAGAGAAUCCAUGACAACCGUCGAGAGGAUUACAAGCUGAAGUGGUGUGAGACCAAGUGCAGGGACACCUAUUACUCCUUUCGAGAAGGUGAACAACUCCUCUACCAGAUCCCUAACAACAAGCUCUUGACAACCAAGAUCGGCCUCCUGAAUGCCCUAAGGGAAUAUGCCAGAGUCAUGAGCAAGAUCAGCAGGUCACCAACUGCAGCCCAUAUCAAGGUUCUGAAAAUGGAAGACUUUUUCCCAGAGACCUAUCGUCUAGAUGUGAAGGAUGAACGGGAAAACUUCAUUACUGUAUUCCAUGAUGAAGAGAUUUGGAUCUGUAAGCCCACUGCUUCCAACCAAGGGAAGGGCAUUUUCCUCAUCAGGACCCAAGAGGAGGCAAUUUCUCUCCAGGCCAAGAUGCAGAGCAUAGAGGAUGAUCCUACCUACAAGAAGAUGCCAUUUAAAGCUCCCCAGGCACGAGUUAUACAGAGGUAUAUCCACAACCCACUGCUUCUGGACGGGAAGAAGUUUGAUGUGCGAUCCUACCUGCUUAUUGCAUGUGCCAUGCCUUACAUGGUCUUCUUCAGUCACGGCUAUGCCCGGCUGACUCUGAGCCUUUACGACCCUAAGGCCAAGGACCUUGCGGGACAUUUGACCAAUCAGUUUAUGCAAAAGAAAAGUCCCCUGUAUGUUCUCCUGAAGGAAGAGACCGUGUGGAGUAUGGAGCGCCUCAACAAACACAUCAAUGAAAAAUUCCGCAGAGCCAAAGGGCUCCCUAGGGACUGGGUGCUCACCACUUUUACUAAACGGAUGCAGCAGAUUAUGCUCCAGUGCUUCCUAGCUGUGAAGUCCAAAUUGGAGUGUAAACUGGGCUACUUUGACCUCAUUGGCUGUGACUUCCUCAUUGAUGAGAACUUUAAGGUAUGGCUGCUGGAAAUGAACUCCAACCCUGCCUUACAUACCAACUGUGAGGUCUUGAAGGAAGUCGUACCCAGAGUGGUCCAUGAGACUUUGGAUCUCGCUCUGGAGACCUUCCACAAGAGCCUCCGAACAGAAAGGAUGUUUCCCCUCCUGAGCCAGCGCAACUUUGUGCUUUUGCACAGCGGUGAGGAUGACGUAUGGCCCCGGUCCAUCCGCUUACGGAGCCCAUCACGGCCUCUAAAGCUGAGCUGUGAGCCGUCCUACCAGGCCAUGAACCUGCUGUCUUCCACCACAGGCUCCAGCCCAGCCAAGGCCGCAGACAGGUCUUUGAAGAAGCCGGAUUCCGCCAAGCCCUCUCUGAAGCGAACGGGCCUGUCGGCCCCCCCGGUGCCCGUCCACCCCAAGUCUGCCUUGCAUCAGCCCAGCCCGCACUCCGUGGUGAAGGGCCAGCCCCAAGCCCUGCCCCAGGAGCCUGUCCAGCCCCAGCCCCCCCACAUCACCUUACCCGAGGAGCCCGAGGCAAUUGCCGACCCCCCAAACCACAUGUUUACCCUCCUCCGGCCACUCGCCUCCAACUCCUCUGACUUUUGGUUCCAGGGAGCUCUGGACUUGGAGCCGCCCCUAAUGGCUAGCAAUGAUCUCUUCUUGCCUCUCUAUCCAUCCCGGAUGCUGUCUCUAAGCUUCCCCUCUGCAGAGCCCAUUCCUUCCUUUGACACUCCCAGCCUUUCUGAGGUCCAGGACUCCACCCUCGAUUCCUUCCUGGGUCUCCCCGAGUAUGAACGCAAGGACUUGGGCUAUAGGGGUUCAUAGCCGUGCCUGGGGUGUUGACAUGUACAGAGUGAUUCCAUAAAGGCCCAUAUACCCACAUCUGUGACGUACGUAUCUCACCCUUUUCUAGGCUGACCAAUUUAUAAAAAUUACUUUGCUAUAAACCCACUAAU